AUGACUCUCAGUUACGACCCUGAAUUCUCCAAGGCUGCAGCUGAGGUUCUCUUAGCUAUGGCAGGGUCUCCUAGCCCAGCAGUGAACGAUGUCCAAGCACGACGAGUGGACAUUACCGCCCGUUACGCAGCCAUCUUUGAGACCCUCCCAGAUACGUCUCAUGUGGCACAAGAUGUGUAUCGGAUUCCAUCAUAUGACGGCCAGCCAAUUUCUGUAUAUCGCUUUUCGACAAAGAAUCCGACAUCUACGUCUGCGGGACCAGCCAUCCUGCACACACACGGAGGCGGCAUGAUCCAAGGCAGUGUUGAUUUGUUCAAAAAGGUACUCAGCCUUCAGGUCCAGGACACCGGUGUCCAGGUAUUCUCAGUUGACUACCGGUUGGCUCCGGAGAAGCCGUUCCCGACACCCGUCGAGGACUGCUAUAUGGGACUAACUUGGCUGUAUGAACAUGCAGACGAGUUCGCUGUGGACCGUAGUCGCAUUGCCACUAUGGGGGAAAGCGCCGGUGGGAACCUCGCGGCGGCUAUUACUCUAAUGGCUCGUGAUCGAGGCUUGUCACCGCCAUUAGCCAAGCAGAUCCUGAUCUAUCCGAUGCUGGACGACCGCACGACCGUGCCUAACCCUGCAUUAGAACCCCUAGCUCUGUGGACCACCAACGACAACAUCACCGGUUGGACUGCCCUUCUCGGUAACGACAUUGGCAAAGACCGUGUUUCACCAUACGCCGCACCCGCGCGUGUAACUAGCAUGGUAGGCUUACCACCCACAUACAUUGAUGUUGGGGAACUGGACAUCUUCCGAGAUGAAGACAUUACCUACGCCGCAAGAAUUGCCGCUGCCAACAUUAGUUUGGAAUUUCAUGUGUACCCCGGCCUACCCCAUGCGUUUGACGUAUACGCGAGAGAUAUUGAAGUGACAAAGAGAGCGAUUGCACAUCGAUACAAGGCAGUAUUAGCCAUCUAG